UUUUUCGCUUUUUGGUCUAUUUUUAGUCCUUUUUGUUGCCUCCUUUGGCUUUUUGACUCGUUUCUCCUUUUCCCCCCACCUUGUGAGCGAGCUCGAGUCCGCUGCUCCGCCUCCAGUGUUGCUCCGCCGCUCCCCCUCUCCCCCUCUCCCAUCACGGUUCUCCGACCACCCGAGGGCCGCUCGAGGAACAGACGCACCGCCGACGGGAAACCGCCCUUGUUCCCGCUUUAGGUCGGUGGUCCUCGUUGAAGUUUCCCACUUGGAAGUUACCGUCGGCGUCUCCUUUUCCCAAGUGCGGGGGAGGAUUUGUUAGGGUUUUCUCGUCGGAUUGGUGGAGAUUGAUGAGAGUCCGAGGGAAGAUCUGGCAUCUAUGACGACGCCUGAUCGGUGCUGGCGGCGCAGCGGAGUGGUACUCAGAUGGAAUGGCAGAUCUCGUCGGCUCCGGGGAUGUUGAGAAGGCACUCCUUGCAUUGAAGAGAGGCAGUCAUUUGCUUAAGUAUGGUCGAAAAGGGAAGCCAAAAUUCUAUCCAUUUAGACUGUCUGAUGAUGCAUCGUCAUUGAUUUGGUUAUCAAGUGGUGGAGAAAAAAGUUUGAAACUAGUUUCUGUUUCAAAAAUUAUCCCAGGUCAAAGAACUCCUGUUUUUAAACGGUAUCCGUGCUCAGAGAAGGACCACUUAUCCUUUUCGCUCAUAUAUGACAAUGGGACAAGGUCUCUUGAUUUGAUCUGCAAGGAUAGAUUCGAGACGGAGGUGUGGUUUGCAGGCCUCAAGGCGCUGGUUUCUUCUGGUCAUGUUGGACGACCAAAAAUUGAUGGAUGGAGUGAUGGUGGACUAUAUUUUGAUGAUUCCAAGGAUUUGAUAUCUAAGAGUCCAAGUGAGAGGUCGAGUGGCUCCAUUCUGGAUAGUAGUUCUCCUGACAUCAGUUAUAGUAUUAAAACUUCAUCAGUGGUCUCUUCUGAAAAUUUUGUACGCUUGGAAAGAUCAGAUGUAUCAAAUAUGCUAGCAAAAGGUGCCUCUUCAGAUAUUAUCAGAGUAAGUGUUUCUAGUGCACCCAGCACAUCAAGUCAUGGUUCUGUGCAAGAUGACUGUGAUGCUUUAGGUGAUGUUUACGUGUGGGGUGAGGUCAUAUGUGAAAUUUCUUCAAGAACUAGCACUGAUAGAGGUAUAAGUUUUUCUAGUGGAGGAGCCGAUGCACUUUUACCUAAGCCCUUAGAAUCUAAUUUAGUUUUGGAUGUUCACCAUGUGGCUUGCGGAGUCAGGCAUGCUGUUCUUGUUACUAAGCAAGGAGAAGUCUUUACAUGGGGUGAAGAAUCUGGAGGACGCCUUGGCCAUGGAGUUGGAGCUGAUGUUGUUCAACCUCGCCUUCUCGAGUCUUUAGCAAUUUGUCAUGCAGAUUUGGUCGCUUGUGGGGAAUUCCAUACUUGUGCUGUCACUACAGCUGGUGAUCUUUAUACUUGGGGUGAUGGCACUCACAAUGCGGGCCUUCUUGGACAUGGUAAUGAUGUUAGCCACUGGAUACCGAAAAGAGUUUCAGGACCACUGGAAGGUCUUCAAGUUGCAUAUGUUAAUUGUGGCACCUGGCAUACAGCCUCAAUAACAUCAACUGGGAAGUUGUUAACAUUUGGUGACGGAACAUUUGGUGCUUUAGGUCAUGGUAGCAGAGAAAGUGUUACGCAACCAAGGGAGGUAGAAUCAUUGAUGGGCUUGAAAACCAUUGCAGUUGCAUGUGGUGUAUGGCACACUGCUGCUGUAGUAGAGGUUAUAGUAGCUCAGCCUGGUGCAAAUGCAUCAUCGGGAAAGUUGUUCACUUGGGGUGAUGGAGACAAGUACCGACUUGGCCACGGUGAUAAGGAGCCACGACUCAAGCCUACUUGUGUGGCUUCAUUGAUUGAUUACAAUUUUCACAAGCUAGCUUGUGGUCAUAGUCUCACAGUUGGCUUGACAACCUCUGGACAAGUCUUUACAAUGGGAAGUACAGUUUGUGGUCAGCUUGGCAAUCCACAAUCUGAUGGGAAACUUCCGUGCUUAGUGGAAGAUAAGCUUGUAGGUGAAUCUGUUGGUGAAGUUGCUUGUGGUUCAUACCACGUUGCAGUUUUAACAAUUAGAGGUGAGGUUUUCACAUGGGGAAAAGGUGCUAAUGGAAGAUUAGGUCAUGGAGAUAUUGAAGACAGGAAAACGCCUACCCUUGUUGAAGCUUUGAAAGACCGAGCUGUUAAAUAUAUUGCUUGUGGUGCAAACUUUACAGCUGUCAUAUGCCAGCACAAAUGGGUAUCAGGUGCAGAGCAAUCACAGUGCUCAGCAUGCAGGCAAGCAUUUGGAUUCACCCGCAAGCGACAUAAUUGUUAUCAUUGUGGUCUUGUUCAUUGCCAUUCAUGCAGUUCCAGGAAGGCCUUAAGAGCAGCCUUGUCUCCCAAUCCUUCAAAACCUUAUCGAGUUUGUGAUUCCUGCUAUGUGAAAUUGAACAAUGUUUUGGAAUUUGGUGGAAUUAAUAAGAGAAAUGGCUUACCUCGCUUGACAGGAGAAAUCAGAGACAGGUUUGAGAAAGCAGAGAUGAAAUCAACAAGGCUAGUGUUACCUAGCAAUUUGGAUCUCAUGAAAGAUCUGGACAUUAAGGCAGCAAGGCAUGGGAAGAAAACUGACUCCUUGUCCUUUGUUCGAGCUGCUCAUGCCAGUUCACUUGUACAGCUGAAAGAUCUUGCUUUGGCUGGCGGGAUUGAUCUGCAGGGAGCAGCUCCUAGACCACUUCGCACGUCCAUGGUUCAGUCUGUAAAUCCUUCGAGAGCUGUUUCACCCUUUUCUAGAAAAUCUAGUCCUCCACGUUCUGCUACACCAAUUCCCACAACUUCUGGACUUUCUUUCUCCAAAAGUCCUACCGACACUCUGAAGAAAACAAAUGAACUCUUGAAUCAAGAAGUUCAGAAGUUACGUGCUCAAGUUGAUAAUUUGACAGAGCGCUGUGAACUUCAAGAAGUUGAGUUGCAAAAAUUAGGAAAGAAAGCUCAAGAAGCCACGGCGCUGGCUGCUGAGGAAUCUGCUAAAUCAAAAGCUGCAAAAGAAGUUAUUAAAUCUCUAACGUCACAGCUUAAGGAUAUGGCUGAGUUAUUACCUCAAGGGGUUCACAAAAAUGGUGCGAUAAGAUCAGCAGGCUUAUCAAAUGGAUUGGACUUACAUUCUGGUCCUUACUCAAUUCUUAAUGGGGAUCACCAGCAUAGAUUUAGUAUAAACAAUGCUAUGACAGCAGUGUCUCCUAUGGCUUCUGAGUCUACUCUUACGAAUGGAAAUUCAGGACAGAAUCAUGCACUAAUGAAUGUCCAUGAAUCUCACAAGAUGAACGCAAAUUCACAAGACUGUCAAUCACUGAAUUCCAGUGAAAUGGAAGAGGACUUCAGUACAGGAAAGCGUGACAGCAAUGCAGAGAGGUCAUCAUCCAGCAGUAAAGCUGAUAUUGACAACAAGGAAACUGAACGUCCUCAAAAUGGUGAGAAGGUUUAUAAGUCUCGAAGUCCCAUUUCAACAAGUAAUCAAGUAGAUGCGGAAUGGAUCGAACAGUAUGAACCUGGUGUCUAUAUAACUCUAGUAGCCCAUCGUGAUGGAACUCGAGAUUUGAAGAGAGUGCGGUUCAGUCGAAGAAGAUUUGGUGAGCAUCAGGCAGAAUCCUGGUGGUCAGAGAACCGUGAAAAUGUUUACGAGAGAUAUAAUGUACGUGGAUCAGACCGGGCCUCAUCAGCAGUGUCACGCCAAUCUGCACUUAGAUCAGAAGAAGAUUAUAUGCAUUCUUCCAGGGCUUAGUGAAAGUUGGUUUGAUCGCCAGAAAGGGAGGGGCAGAUAUCUUGCGUAGUAUUUUGAUCUUAUGAGGAGGACGUCAUCCACGUUAAGAAGUUCUAUUACAGAAUUGGUGAUAAUUGGGCCGGAAGGUGUACCAAGACUUCCAGGGCUUGCAGAUAAACUGGUUUUCUACCAAGAAUUGGUAUGACAGUUCAGUGACAAUUGCAGAUGCUGUUAGAUGAGUGGAAUCAGCCUCAAUGGGUCAUACAACCCCCAUUGUAGGUGGACUGCAGGAGACACCGAUGAUAUUUUAAUUUCAGUCAACUGUGUGGUUUGUCUAAAUCAUGGAAGAUUUCUUCAAUGGCCACUAGUGCAACUUCAGCCUACUUUGUAGGCAACUUUAUUAUCUUGAUCUGGAUUCUAGUUGGUUCUUUGAUGUAACCUGAGAUGAUAAUUUUGUAAAUGCAAUCCCUCUCGCUGAUUCCAACUUAUGUUCAUGUAGUAAUGGCUGUAAUAUCUUUUCAUAAUGUUAUGUAGAAUUUCUGCUCUGUGCAAAUUGGAACGA